ACCACGCCCCACUGAACAAAAUGGCGUCCAGUGAGAGGGAAGGGGCGGCCGGAGCGGGGCAGGAAGAGGAGGAAGAGGAGAGGUCUGCGGCUCCUGAAGAUGGCGACGGCUGUGAGGAUCUCCAGCCGCAUCCCUCCUCGCUUCUGUCCAGGAGAACGUUAGACGAGCUGGGGCAACUGCAAGACGCGGACCCGGACAACUACAAGCUCCACUCCUCAUGGGCCUUCUGGUUCGAGAGGUCGCCAAAGGGUGGCAGUGCCAGUGACUUCUUUGCCAACCUGCGGCAGAUCUAUGUGGUGAAGACGAUCAAGGCCUUCUGGUGUGUGUUUAACAACCUGAGCCCCGUGGACCAGCUGAGGGAGAGGGAGAGCUACCAUCUCAUGAGGGAUACUGAGAGAAGACCUGUCUGGUAAGUAUACCCACCCUCACCAAGUGCUCCAACACGAGCAAAUCUGCGUAAUAUAAGGAAAACAUGACAUUGUUAAAUCACACAAUAAAUUUAAUGCUGUUGAGCUUUGAAAUGCAACUACUGAUAAUUUUAGAAGACUUUAUAUUGUCCUUACAUUGGGAAUCUCAGAUUUCAACCGGUUCAGCAUCGCUUUGCUAUUUAUUAGACAGAGUAAAUUGCCAUGCCUAUCAUUUAGCGGUACCAUGCAUUUCUAGUGUGCCGAGGGUUUGCACUUUAGUGCUUUUCAUUAUUUCCCUGGAGGGAGGACGAGCUGAAUGCCCAUGGUGGCAUGUGGUCCUUCCGAGUCAAGAAGGAGGACACUGCUGCAGUGUGGCAGGAGGUACUCUUGGCAGCUAUUGGAGAACAGUUCCUACACAACAUGGACACAGGAGAUGAUGUUUGUGGAGUGAGUGUUCGUAUCCGAGGGUUCGACCACAACGUCAUUCAGAUAUGGAACAUGGACUCUGAACAGCAUUCUAAAUCCUCAGUCAUCCAGAGAGUAAAAGAACUCAUUCCUAGCAUUGAGAUCAACGAGUUUUACCAGUCCAAUAGGUCAAAGGUGGAAGACUCGCUGCGGAAGCCGGCCUACAGUCACCGCCCACCUCCUGGACAUGGUUCCCACCGUUUCCCCCCUCCUCUUCACUUCCCCCCUGGCCCCCCUCGUUUCCAAUCGUUCCCCCGCUACAGACACCCACUCCCACCAAACCUCCACGCACACAGAUUCCCUCAUUACAACCCUUACCCUUCACCGCCUUGAUAGUGUUGAUUACAUCAUAAUGACGUCAUUUGUACUUCCAGCUGGGGUCAGAAUUUGCGCAUGCGCAUUACAUAAUCAUGUGAAGGAGCACUUAGAAAUUCCCCUAGACCUGGCGUGAGGCGGACACUCGACAGUAGUAGACGAUAUUCGCCGUGUGAGGAGGACAAGGACGCUCUGUCUGUUGUAUCAACGGAGAUUUUAUAGCAGGACGGUGUGCACUAAAUAGAAGAGAAUAUAUGGUCGGAAUGAGCGGGAAGGCCAGCGAGCCACGCCGUGGCCAGUCGUCCCAGCAGAAGAAAGCAGCUGCUGGGUCUCUGGGGUCUGGAGGAGGCUCCAACAAGACACAGCCACCACCGGAAGCGCUCCACGUGGCCAAUAUCCUUGGAGACAGUAUCUACCCUGACGACCUGCCUCACAAGAUGGCACAGGUGAUGGCGAUGCUUCCCUCUUGUCAGGAGGAGGAGGUGUGUAUCGCUCUACACGACCAUGACUUUGACCCGGAGAAGGCCAUCUCGGCUCUACUUGACAGUGAUCCCCACAGUAGAGGACAGGGCGAGUGGACAACAAAGAAAGGUCGGAGAAGCAAAGGAGGUGACGGAGGAUCAGAUUUCAUCAUCGCCCCUGGAGACAGUAGGUCGUCCGGGAGACAGGGAGGGGGCGGGGUGAGAGGGACAAACAGAGCUGGUGAGUAAUGUUCUCUGGAAUGGUAGGUGUUUAAAGUUGGUUCUUUCUUUCUCUCUCAGCUUCUCAGAAUGUGCGAGAGAACUAUGGUGGGAGUGUGAGUGUUGGUGGAGAGGGAGGGAAGGGAAGAGGGGGAGGUGGGGAAAGAGGAAGAGGUUCUAAAGGAAGAGGUGCCAGUGGGCGUGGCCGCAGUACCAGCAACAAGAGAGAAAAGGAGGAGAGAGAGGGGAAGAAGGAAGAGAGGCCAAGGGGAGAAAGGGGGGAGAAGGGGGAGAGAGGAGGGAAGUUGAGAAACAGAGGACCACGUGGAGCUAGAGCGAGAGCCAGAGCAGCUGCUGCUGAGACAGGGAGGGCAGGCGAAGAGAGGGGCAGAGAGGAGAAGUCACACCCCCUGCCAGUUGCAGCAGAGGCUUGGGAUGAUGAGAUGGAUCCUCAGCCGUCUACUGAGUGGGAGGACCACCGUAAGACUGCCGGAUCUCCAGCCCAGCCCUCCCCGCUGGAGCCGUCCUCAGCUGUGGCAGAUCAGACAUGGGACAGUGAGGCAGAGAGCAAAGGAUCACAGACCCUCUUUCCCGAGGCCUUCACCGACCCCGCGACCUCCGAGAUCCCCGGACUCCCUAUUCCCGGGCUGCCCACCGCCUCCUCCGCUCAGCCCACUGCACUUGCCGCCACCUCGCUGGGGUCUCUACCCCACCCGACGACUCCGGGGUCUUUACCCCACCAAACGACUCCGGGGUACUUACCCCGCCAGAUGACUCCAGGGUCUUUACCCCACCAGACAACUGCAGGGUUUUUACCCCAAAGACCUACUCCAUCCCUGUCGAGUCGACUAACAGCUCCAGUUGAGUUCCAGACUGUGGCGUCCUCGGUCCAUUCCUCGCGUCUCCAUUCCAGACACAAGAGACUGGCUCGUUCCCAGAUCCCAAGUCAGCCUGUCGAGAUGCCCAAAGGAACAUAUCCUGAGAUGAGUGAAUUGGGAAUUGCAUUUGGCAGACUAGAGCUGCAGCCUCAGCCCACCACCACCACCUCUCUCUCCAGAGAACCAACUUCCGGCCCUCCCUCCUCCUCAUCUUCCUCACAACCACAGGAUGGCUUGUUGGCCACACCCACCUCAAACGAGAUGAGAUUUCAGAGUGAUGCAGUCACCACGGCAACACUGGCCUAUUCUACACAGUUCACAGAGGGCUCGGGGGUCAUCUCCAUAGCAACGACAACAAACAGCUAUGGGGGUGGGUUGAAGAAGCUGGAGGCUCCACCUGGUCUGCCACACCCACUAACAAAUCCCCACACCCCAACUGUUGUGUCUUCCCUGGCCCCAAGUGGCUCCUUACCACACUCAGUGGUCCCUAGUGGUCACUCUGUGGUUCCCAGUGGUAGUCUACCGCACUCUGUGGUACCCAGUGGUUCUCUACCACACUCUGUGGUCCCUACUGGCUCCUUACCACACUCUGCAGUCAGCAGUGGCAGUCUGGUUGUCAGUGGCAGCAGUGGUAGUCUGCCCCACACAGCCACUCUGGCCCACAUGGUGCCACUCACGACCACCGGAGACAGUGCCGUCUCCACCACUAGACCAUUGCCAUCCACCACAUCUGGGAGUAAGCCUGGAGGGAGUGUGGGAGCGAUGCUACCACCGGAGACAAUAUCCCUCCCUCCUCCUCCUCCUCCUGCUUCUCUUCUGACACCCAUCGAGUCUGCCUCAGACCACAGCAAAACAACCUUCACCACUGCCGCCUCCACCUCCCAGCUGCUGCCUCAGUCAUUUGCAGCCACCAGCAGCUCUGGGACAACAGUGGGCGGAGCCUCAGAGCACCUCCUCUCACAGACCACACCCACUUCCUCGUCUGUGGCCACACCCAUCUCCAAGACACUCACUGCUCAGUCCUCGCAUCACCAUGGCAACCAGCAGCAGCUCCAAACCGCGUUACAAGGAGGAUCGAAACACAACUCUCUACAGCAGCAACAACAAGCCAUGAUCUACCCAUACAUGCUCCAGCCCCCUCUCGUCAUGCCGAUGUCUGCGUACUACGACCCAGAGAUGAGCAGAUACCAGGCUGCAUCCGCCGUUUCCAUGGCGUAUUACCAGCACCCGACGUCAUCGGACCCUGCCAUGGUGACAGGGAUGGGGAGAGACCAUGUCGGGUCAGGGUUCACGGAGGGAACUGGGGGAGGGGCCGGGGGUGGGAAAUUUGGAGGUCGUGCAGCUGAGAUUUCCACCAGUGUCGCUCCACCUCACUCCCAGCAGCAAGGAGUCCAGCAGAGUCAGAUGGGGCACGCUGCUGCAGUUUUUAACCCUUACUACGGAGGUAACGUCAUCUACCCCAUGUACCACGGAUACGGCAUGCCUGGAUUCUCUCACUCGAUUCCCAAGCCAUCUGGAGGGUUCUUCGUAUCCGGGGGGUGGGGUCAACAGCUACCAGACUCCGUCGGGGGCUGGGUUUAGCUACGAAGAUGUGGGGGCGGGGCAGGAAUUUAAGAUGUAUGGAGGAAUGGGUGGAGCCGGACUGGGGAAGCCACACCCCAUGAGCAGCAGUGCGGCAGAGCUCCCCACUGGCUCGGGGUACAAGGGACACGCAGGGGUUUGACUCCAAGAGCAGUUACUCCACUUACAGCGUACCCCAGGGAGGGUAUGGCUUCAUCCCCACUGGACCGAUGCCUCUACAGAUGCCACCGAGCUAUAUGCAGGGGCAUGAGGGAGGGGGCGGGGUAGGUGGGCGGGGCCAGAAACACUCCAACAAGCAGUACAGUGGUAGUCAUGGCAACAGUCAGCUGUGGUCCCAGCAGCCCAGUCACUGACCACCUACUGGAAUGACAUCAUCAUUAGUCUGCUACAGCGUGUGUGACUUUAUUGUCUUGUGAAUGUCUGUAUUAUUAUUUACUCGGAAUAUUAUAGCAAUGAAGAGCACUUUAUGAUCUGCCAUGCAUU